AUGGAGUGGCUAUACUGGUUAUACUGGCUCUUGGUAAUUUCAUUCUUUGUAUAUUCCUUCUACCUGCUACACAUCCCAUUACCACAUGAUAUCUCCGACCGGUCGAAGUUAGCAAUCGCUGAAUUUUUAUUAAGAUUGUCGAAUGAAUACUUGGGUGAUUUGAUUGAAAAUGUUUUUGGACCUGAAGUUCGGAACAAAGUUACCAGAUUUAUUAUGAGUGUCGGAUUUCUUAUUCCAACCAAACCACCUGCAGGAAUCACGAGAAAGCGAGUUAGAGUUCAAGGAGUUAGUUGCAUUACUUACCAAAUUGAACAAUCGAAAAACGAUGGUCUUCUCAUUUUCAUUCACGGUGGUGGAUGGUGCGUUGGGGAAGCAAAAUACUACGAUGAUAUUAUGUAUCAACUAUGUCAAAGAAUAGGCUGUAAUGGACUAUCGAUAGAUUACCGUCUUGCUCCAGAACAUCCUUUCCCUGCCGGACUCAAUGAUUGCCAUGCCGUAGUAUUAGAACUUUGUAAUAAUGGGCUACCGGACUUGCCGUUCAAUAGAAAGAAAGUUUUGAUUUCUGGAGAUAGCGCAGGAGGGAACCUGGCUGCAGUCGUAUGUCAACGAAUGCAUCGAGAACACAACGAUGUCCUAUUGGGUCAGAUAUUGAUCUAUCCGGUUACACAUGUUUUCAACUUUACAAGUGCUUCAUAUCAAGAAUAUUGGAAGUCAUAUGCGGGAACAGCGCUGCUCAAUCCAAAGCACAUGGCGAGAUGGAUGCUUUUGUAUCUUGGAUUAGAUGCAACUAAAAGUAAUAUCAAGAAAGUGAUGAAUUCGCAACAUGUUCCGUUGAAUUUAUUGGAACAAAAACAGUAUUCAUCAUGGUUGUAUCAUUUAAAUGAUAGGAAACAAGAAAAAACUGCUGAUUCGGUUUUAACUGAGCAAUUUAGAAAGCUUGGAACAAAUCCAGAUGUCUCUCCAAUGUUUGGAGAUACCGAUGGGCUCCCACCUGCUCUAGUUCUAACUGCAGGAUAUGACGUUUUAAAAGAUGAAGGAAUCCAGUAUGCAGACAAACUCAAACAAUCUGGAGUUCGAACUGAGUGGUGUCAUUAUCCACGAGCUUUCCAUGGACUUUUCAAUAUGCCAAACAGCAAUGAUCGAGUUGAAAUGAUGCAAGCUGUUGUUGAUUUUGCGAAAGGGUUACUGUAG